AUGGUGAUGACCUCGUUGUCGCUGCAUUUUCUUCCUAAGUCUGAUAUGCCCGAAUUUGCUUCCAGCUCUUUUUCUCUUGAAAAAGCUGAUCUAAGGUUUUGCGGAGAAUCAAACCACUAUUCGAACUUCACAAUGGUUCAAGAGGUGCUGGGUGAAAACAAAAUAGAAUAUGUGAUUGUUCGAGAUCCCGUUCAACGUUUCUUGAGCGGUUUUGUAGACAAAUGCGUCAACGAAGGGACGAACCAGUCAUGUUUUGGUUGUGUGCGUGACAUGGGCUGCUUCCUGGAAAAAUUGCACUCGCUGAUUUGGAAAGUGCAAAAACACGAUGAUGAUGGUCACUCCUUUGAGCUCAUCCAUUUUUCUCCACAAACAUGGUUCUGUAAUUUCAAAGAACAUCUACAUAAAUACAACAUUCUCCGUUAUGUAGAUGACAAGAACCGUGUGAAUAAAUUCACCGAAGGUCUUCUCAGCAUUUUUCGGAAGGCUGGAGUUCCUAAAGAUAUUCGAGAUGAAAUUCGGGAAGAAUUGCUUAUCGGGAAAACAGUGCACACAACUGCAGGCAGUGAUGAUCGAAUGAAAGCCGAAAAGACCUUACUAAGCAAUUCUACGCUUUUAACUCUAUUAUCUCGCAUUUACUAUUACGAUUUUGUAGUGUUUGACUUCAAGUUACCAGUAAUAAUUUAA